GUUUACUUUUCGGGAAGUGAAACAUUUAGCUCAGCUGUUAACUAAAGUUUCGGUGACAUUCUGUAAGGUUUUCACUCAUCAUGGAGCAGAUUCUGUGUUUUUUGAUGCUCCUGUUGUUCAGCGGAGCUUCGGUCUCCGCAGCUCCGACAGGAAGCAGCUACCUGUCGGGAACAGGCAGGUUCUGGCACAUCACCGAUCUCCACCUGGACCCGUCCUACAACCAGAACCAGGACCCCACCAAGGUGUGUUUCUCCUCCAAAGGAGCCCCCGCCACCCACGCCGGGCUGUUCGGAGACUUCCUGUGCGACUCCCCCUACAGCCUCAUCCAGUCGGCCUUCGCUAACUUGGCCCCGCUCACGCAGCCGCAGGACUUCAUCAUAUGGACCGGCGACAGUCCACCUCACGUCCCUCCAGAUGAACUCUCUACAGAUUUGGUGAUCCAGGUGAUCAGUAACAUGACCCAAACCAUCAGGCAGCACUUCCCCAACCUGACCGUCUACCCUGCGUUGGGAAAUCAUGACUACUGGCCUCAGGACCAGAUGCCAGCCUCCACUAACGCCAUCUACAAAGCUGCAGCUGCUCUCUGGAAACCCUGGCUGGAUGCUGAUGCCCUGCUCACCCUGUCACAAGGUGGUUUCUACUCCCAGCUGGUAAAGCCUGCUCUACGGUUGGUGAGUCUCAACACCAUCCUUUACUACGGUCCUGAUCAGGUCACAGCUAACUUGAGCGACCCGGCUGGACAGUUCGUGUGGUUGGAGAAAACCCUGGAGAAAGCUGCCCAGAACAAGGAGAAGGUUUACAUCAUAGCCCACGUUCCUGUGGGAUAUCUGCCCUUUUACGGAAACACCACCGCUAUCAGGAAAGUCCACAACGAGAGGCUGGUGUCCAUCUUCAGGAAGUUCAGCCACGUUGUUGCAGGACAGUUUUAUGGCCACACCCACAGAGACAGCAUCAUGGUGCUGCUGGACCAACAUG